AUGUCUACCGAUAAAAUCACUUUCUUGUUUAACUGGCGUGCAACGCCUUAUCAUGCUCCCGUCUUUCUUGCACAAGCAAAAGGUUAUUUUGCCGAACAAGGAAUCAAAGUUGCACUUUUACAACCACAAGAUCCAAGUGAUGUAACUGAAAUCAUUGGUUCAGGUAAAGUGGAUAUGGGAGCAAAAGCAAUGAUUCAUACGAUUGCCGGUAAAGCCCGUGGUUUCCCAAUCAAAUCCGUUGGUACAAUGAUGGAUGAACCUUUUACCGGUUUAGUUUAUCUCAAAGACAGCGGUAUUACACGUUUCGAAGAUAUUAAAGGUCGUAAGAUCGGUUAUGUCGGUGAAUUUGGUAAAGUUCAAUUGGACGAAUUAACACAACAUUUCGGUUUAACACCAAACGAUUAUACUGCCGUUCGUUGUGGAAUGAACGUUAGUAAAGCGAUCAAAAAAGGUGAAAUUGAUGCAGGUAUCGGUUUGGAAAACGUUCAAAUGGUUGAAUUGGAAGAAUGGUUGAAAGAACAAGGUCGUGAUCCGGCAGAUGUGCAAAUGUUACGCAUUGAUGAAUUGGCUGAAUUGGGUUGCUGUUGUUUCUGUUCGAUUUUGUACAUUGCAAACGAACCUUUCAUCAACGCAAACCCUGAAAAGGUCAAGAAAUUCAUGACUGCCGUCAAAAAGGGUGGUGAUUACUUGUUGGCAAACCCACAAGAAGCAUGGGAAGAAUGCAAGGAUUUCGUUGCCGAACUCAACACACCAUUACAAGACAAGGUAUUUGAACGUAGCUUCGUUUAUAUGAGCCGUGAUGCAGCAAACGUUCCACGUGAUUGGAACAAAGUAACAAAUUACUGCAAACGUUUGGGAAUCGUUUCACAAGAUUUCCAACCAAAUUACACAAACAAUUUCCUCUCUUGGCAACCAGACGCUGAGGUUGAAGACCCAGACGCCAAACAACGUCAAGUUGCAGCUUAUCAAAAAGAUGUUGCCGCUGGCCGUCAAGGUGUUUUAACCCAUGCAGUCGCCGUCAAGGCCGCUUCAUGA